GAAACGGCGGCGUGGCCGACGAGCCCAAGCGACCGGUCCGAACCCGGAAAGUCAACGGCGUCAGCUACGAGGCGGAGGAAGACGGUGUUUCCUGGGCGACGACUGGCGGCAAGGUGGAUCGCCCGGCUCCUCCAGCACCGGCAACACGGAAAAGAUCGCGCGGAGACGGCCAGCGGGAAGAUCUCCUUGCUACUCGCACGCAGACUGGCGCCCUGGGCAAGCGGAAGGCGAGCGACGACGAUGAGUUUCUCGAGGAGACGAUCCGACAGGCCAAGCGCAUCAAACUGCCCAAGAAGACUGCCGGGCAUGGCCAUCUCCAGACCAUGCUGCCAUAUCUCCAGAGUCUGCAGUCGGCGCAGAACCGACGCGACGACAACCAGAAGGCGGCGUCUAAUAAGGGCAGAGCGGAGAUGCGCGUGAUCGACACGCAGCAAGCAAGGGGCCUUCUCCGCAGCACCGACGCCAUCGACGCCCCCAUCUUUCUCACCCGCCAAUCCAUCCCUUUCAUCGAUACGGGAGAUGGCGCCGUCCGGCCGGUCGAGCAAGUUUUUGAAUGGCUCCCCAAUCCCGACGAGAAGUCCGAGAUGUACGAUCACGAGGCGAAAGACGAGGACGACACGAUGCCAAAACGAAACGUGCCCAUCCCCGAAAUCCGCGCCCGAUUCCUCGACGAAAGGCCAGAAGAGCCCGCUCGAUUUCCCUGGAACUUCCCCGAGCUCACCCUCCCUGCCUCCAUCUGCAUGCUUCCUUCAAUCCUACGCCACCCAAGCUGCGAUCUCCUGGGGUCGCUCGUGCGGUACUUGCAAACCAUCGAGCUGGUGGAUGUCUGUACGACCGCAUGUCCUCAUCACGGGAAAACGGCGGAGAAGUGCCCAGAUCAUAUGCUCACAUCCAACGAAGUGAUAGCCCUCCAACGAGUACAUCAGCACUGGGCCGGAACAGCGAUGAUUGCCGAAGCGGGUGCAAUGACGGGGCCGCAUUGCGACACGUUCGGUUUUGGAACCUACAUCUGCUGCGGAGAGGGGGAAAUUGGACUCGCAUGGUCGACCAACGAGCCAUCAGCAAAGACGAAGCAGCAAAAACGACCUACACCGAAAGACGGAUGGGCCUUCAAAGUCCUGAGAAGGGGUGAUGCCAUGUAUCUCGACCCUGGCCGAUGGCACUAUGUUUUCCGCAAACCUGGGGGAGCGCAGACUAUGGCGUGGUCGGUGCGUGUGCUGAGGUCUUGUGACCUUGAACGGUGGCUGCAAAUCGUGCAGUCCGAGGUGGACAAGGCGAUCGACGAGAGUGUUGUCGACGACAGCGAGGACAUCCUGACUUGGAGGGGUUUGUUGCUCAGCGCUGAGAAGCUGAUUGAGCAGGCCAAGGAGAAUGAAGGGCUGGAGAGGUUUGGAGGGGAGAAGACGGUGCACAGGGCCGAGGCGGUCAUGCGUAAGGCUGAGACGGCGUUGAAGCACUUGCUCUGAGGGGUGGA